AUGUCAGAAGCCAACCCUUUGCAAUUCUCUACGCCAAAAGAUGUGGUCGAAACAUCACUAUUUUCCUUUCAUCCACUCUUUUAUUUGUACUUUAUGCUGAGCUUUUUCUUUGUGCCAUACCCAUUCUAUCGAUGGAUCGCAACUAGAUAUAAAUGGGAACUGAAUACAAAAUCAAUAGCGAGACAUUGUAGUGAUAUCAUGCUAGGGAUGAAUUACGGGUUGAUCCUAUUUACAUUUGGAAAUUACACUCAUACCUUUAGUUGGAUUACUGUUGUUGCCUUUUAUCCUUCCCUCUUUGGCUAUGGUCUCCUUGCUGAGCUUCCAUUCGCGAAACAAUCGUUACCUAAUAUAAAGCAUUGGCCCAAGGGUAUGUGGGUUAUCUUUCUUACUGCACUUGGUGUCAUUCUAGCUUUCGCGGGUGUUCACAUCUAUUUUGCAUCACAGCUAGAGAUGCCUUUUGUUGUUUACUACGUAUGUUCCUUGCUGAUCCCUAUAUUUUUCUUUGCAACAGCCAUUUUACUUAAAAAGGAAGUUAACCAAAAUUGGCUCAGGACGUUCUACGUGACACGGAUAAGCCGACGUCAAAGAUUGGACACAGAAGAUAGUCAGCCUAAAAAUGACACGAUACCCUCACCAUAUGCUCAUACCAUUAGUAUUCACCUUCAUCAUUGGCAAAUAUUUUACGUAUUGGCAUUCUUUACAAGAUUUACCCAUCCUGUAUCUCAAGUUGCAGCAGGAAUUGUCAUUGCUUGUUAUAUGCAAGGUAUUUGUGCAUACGGCUAUGAUCACUUGGUCAAUGAUAACAUGUAA